AUGUAUCUCCACCAAUACGAUUACAUCUUUGCCAUCGGCACAUUGUUUGCUAUGCUUGAUGCAUACAACAAUGGUGCAAACGAUGUUGCCAACUCCUGGGCUACUAGUGUUUCCUCUCGUUCCAUCUCCUAUCGUCAGGCUAUGGUUCUCGGUACAAUCUUCGAGUUCCUCGGAGCAGUCACCGUCGGCGCCCGUACCGCCGAUACUAUCAAGAACGGCAUCAUUCCCAACAGCGCCUUCAGGGAUAAUGCCGGUGUUCAGAUGCUCGCUUUCACCUGUGCCCUCGCCGCUGCCUCGUCUUGGGUCAUGUGGUGCACAAAGCACUCCGCUCACGUCUCCUCUACCUACUCCCUUAUCUCUGCCGUUGCUGGUGUCGGUGUUGCAACCGUCGGUGCAUCCCAAGUCCAGUGGGGCUGGAACGAUGGAAAGGGUCUUGGUGCCAUCUUCGCGGGUCUGGGCAUGGCUCCCGUCAUCUCCGGUGCCUUCGGUGCUAUCAUCUUCAUGCUGAUCAAGGUCGUUGUGCACAUGCGGAGAAACCCUAUCCCAUGGGCCGUUUGGAGUGCCCCCUUCUUCUUCCUUGUCGCUGCUACCAUUUGCACACUUUCCAUUGUCUACAAGGGUUCCCCUAACCUUGGUCUGAGCAAGAAGCCCGUCUCUUACAUUGUUGCCGUUACUAUGGGUACCGGUGGUGGUGUUUGCUUGCUCUCUGCUCUAUUCUUCGUCCCUUGGUUGCACUCUCGUGUCAUCAAGAGAGACCCUUCCAUCAGAUGGUACCACGUUGUCCUCGGUCCUCUUCUCUUCAGCCGGGCUGUGCCCACCGAAGGCGAGGUUGCUAAGGUCCCCAACUACGCUGUUAUGCAAGAUGAGCCUGAGGAGGAGGCUCACAUCCCCGUUGACGACAAGGAGGUCAAGACUGGAGUUACCUCCAUCCCUGGCUCCACCGACGGCCGGUCCGUCGAGAAGCUCGAAGCCAACCAGCUUUCCUACCGCGAGAUCAUGGCCCAAUCCGAGGCCCGCCACAACGCCAAGCUCCUCAACAGCCGCGGUCCUCUGGGCUGGGGUAUGCGUCUCCUGCGUGACAACCCCAUGGGUGCCGGCGAGAUCUACGAGCUGCGCAACAUGAAGCGCAUGCUCAAGCGCAUUCCUGCCAUUAUCACUGUUGGUCUUCUUUACGGUUUCCACUACGACAUCCACACUGCCCAAAGUGGUAUCCACGGCACCCCUGAGGGUGAUCGUAUGAAGCGAGUCUACGCCGCUGCUGAGAAGUACCCCAACGAAGUGGAGCACACCUACUCUUUCAUUCAGAUCAUCACUGCCUGUACUGCUUCUUUCGCUCACGGUGCCAACGAUAUUGGUAACUCUGUUGGUCCCUGGGCUGCUAUCUACUCUGCCUGGUCCACCGGUACCCCUGCUGCCUCCAAGUCCCCCGUGCCUGUGUGGCAGCUUGCUGUAUUGGCUCUCUGCAUUUCCAUCGGUCUCUGCACUUACGGUUACAACAUCAUGAAGGUCAUGGGUAACAAGAUCACCUACCACUCACCUUCUCGUGGAUCCUCUAUGGAGAUGGGCGCCGCCAUCACCGUCUUGGUCUUCUCCCAAUACUCCCUGCCCGUUUCCACUUCGAUGUGUAUCACCGGUGCUACCGUCGGUGUUGGGUUGUGCAACGGCAGCCUUAAGGCUGUGAACUUCCAGCGUGUUGGUCUCUUGCUGCUUGCUUGGAUCAUGACUAUCCCCAUUGCCGGUACCAUUGGUGGUUGUCUCAUGGGUCUGGUUCUUAACGCCCCUCAUUUCGGUGCUUAG